AUGACGCGAACUGCUGCUCGAUUCAUCUUCUGUUCAAACCUGAAUGAGUGGGUACCUGUUUUCGGAGGCACCCACUGCAGGCAACCUUCCUUCGACGUUUUGACAGCUACUGCCCAUCAAGUGCAGGAUGAACUCAUCGCCAGACGGCUCAGAAGUACGCAGAUCUUGGAAGAGUACUAUGGAGCCAUAAAUACCUACAAUGAAUAUCUUAACGCAGUAUACACCCUUGCCCCAGGUGCAAUGAAGCGCGCUCAAGAGAUGGAUGUGAAAAGAUCCAAUGGGGAGUUUCUUGGACCUUUGCAUGGAAUGCCUAUCCUUGUCAAGGUACCUGUCAUCAAAAACAAUACAUAUCAGACACUCACCAUCAGUUAG